AAAAACCACACAAAACUACCAACAUGAAGACCAUCACUUUGAGAACUCAACUCUACACCCCAACUCACUUCAAUCUCAUCACCAAAACCCCUCCAAGAUUCAACCUUUCAAACACACCCAUGAUGUUUGACUCCCAAAAAGUCAAACCCACACCCAAAACCAUCAAAUUUGACCCAAUUAACAAACCUUUUGAUGAUAAAGAAACAAACCCAUCACUUUUUGGGGAUAAAGAAACAAACCCAUUUGGGGUAUCAAAAAAAGUUGAGAACUUGAUUGGUUCUGAAGAAAAUUCUUCAAGGUGUUUGAUAGUGGGGGCUGUUACUCUAGGGGUUGUGAUGCUGGUUAUGGGCUCUGAUGACCACCAAAAGGCAUUGGCUUUUGGGCCAGAAGGCCCAUUGAUGGAGGAUUUUUGGGAUAAUAUGAGGAGAUAUGGGCUUUAUGCUUUGACUGUGAGUAGUGGUGUGUUGUAUGCUGUUUUUCAGCCUCUUUAUGAGUUGUUGAAGAAUCCCAUUUCUGCUAUUCUUGUUUUGACCAUUCUUGGAGGUGGGUUUUAUAUUGUUUCUCAGGUGGUUUCUGCUAUGGUUGGUAUUACUGAUUUUAGUUAUGAACUUAAUUAUUAGUAAAGUUUGCAAUGGUUUGGUUAUUGUAUUACUGUUUUGUUGUUUAAUGCCUAUAGCAAAAUACCAUAGUUUUUGAUCUUGUUAUUCUUUUGUGAACAAUGUGAGAUGAUAAAUAGUGCUUGUGCAUACCAAUUGACUUAUUUUCUAGCUCAUGUCUUUUGCAAUAACAAUGAGAUACAACCCGAGUUUAGGGCUGUGUAAACGAGUCGAGUCAGGGUGGGGUCGAGCUCAAGCUCGAAAUUAAUUCAGGCGGUUAAACUUAGCUUGAGCUUUACGUCAGAGUUAAACGAGCCUAAGAACGAGCCAACGAGCCGAGCCGAGCUUAGCUCGAGCUGGGCUUGGUUACAAAAUGAGCCAGCUUGGUUCACGUCAUCUCAAAUUAAGUUUUUUAAGUUAGUUUUUCUCGAGCUUCUUUCGAACGAGCUACGAGCCGAGCUACGAGUCGCGAGCUUUAUGAACAGCCCUACCCGAGUUUGACGAUCGAUUGAUGUGUUAAGUUGUGGUAUCAUAUCAAUCUCGCAAUUCAAAGCAUGCAUUUUGGGUCCAUCUGUCAUGCCCCCCCUUGAAAAAAAAAUUAGUGGAACUUGUCGGCAAAAAUCCUGAUUGCUACGCCCAGAAAAUAAAUCCCGAGUCUGCCACUGGUCAUGGUAAACGGUCUACGAUGCCUUAUAAACAUCUAACUGUCUUGCCAACGCUCUACAUUGUCCCAACACACUGCUUAGUGCCUAGUAAACUAACCACAAUGCCUUGGUAAUCGGCAUGAUGACCAUUCACUGUACCUGCAUUUUGGCACCGUAACUUGGUUUCCGGUUCAUCUCACAUCACAAGUUCUGCUUACCAAAAAAUGGCCCACUUGAAUCUCUUGGUAGUGGUACCAUGAAAUUUUGGACUUAUUUUUUAAAAAUUCAACAAAAUCUCUUACCUUGAUGGUCUAAUAUAUCUCUUACUGUUUGAUGAAUGGUAUUCAAUUGCUUUUUUUUUUUCUUUACAUCGAGAUAGUUGGUAAACAGCCUACAAGCUGCGCCGCUACCCCUUUUUGAAUAGCAAAACUAAGCCUUUUAAAAACUACAUCCAUAGAUCUCGGGGUCAUAACAUUACUAUGCAUGACCCUUUGAACUCGACUAAGUAGGUCCAUAGCCUCUGGCGCCAGAAAAUAACGGAUUAAUAAGAUUUUCAUUCAUAGAUAGAGAUCAAGAUAAGAGUGGUAUUGGAUGUAUUUAAAAAAAAUCAGUCCAAAAUUUUAGGGUGUUACUUUAGCAUAGCUUAAGGAUUUUGAUACUCAGUUUCCCAUUAAAUAGAUUGAGAAUAUAGUUAUGUUUGUACAAUAACAUGUAACAAGCUAUUAACCUUGUAUAUGUUCCAUAUUUUGUCCUCAAACAUGUUCCAAGCUUUGUCAUAUAGUAAAACACCUCAUUGGUACAAAACCAUCCUUUUCCAUCGACUCUUUCCCCGUUCAACGAUGUUUUGACGAAUGCAUACACGUAGUACAUGAUCUUGAUCAAUCCAAAUAAGACAGUCUUGGCUUGAUCACACAAUGGCAGAUCAUGGCAUGACGGACAUGCUACUAAAGAAAGUAAAAAUAUACGAAGACCGACCUCUUACAACAAACCAUAUUAGUUUGAAACAAAUGUCACUUAUCUUGGUUGCAUACCUAACCGUGGGCACAGUCUGUUUUUCACUAAUCCAAGAUCAAAUUAGUGGCACGAAAACCAACAAGAUCCUGGACGCGGUCUAUUUCUGCGUGAUCACGAUGACAGCUGCAGGAUACGGCGAUGUGGGACCAGAAACUAGACUGGCAAAGUCUUUAGCUUGUGUAUUUGUGUUUACAGGCUUGGCUCUUGGUGGCUUUGUUCUUAGCAAAGUAGCAGAUUACAUUGUUGAAAAACAGGAAAUAUUGUUUGUAAAAGCAAUGCACAUGCACGAAACAAACGGUCCAGACAGUCCGAACGACAUACUCAAAGAAGCGGAAACAAAUAAAGCCAAGUACAAGUUUCUUACUAAUCUUACACUUAUUGUCUUUCUCAUGACUCUUGGAACAUUGUUCUUGUCUCUUGUUGAGAAGUUAAGCUACUUUGAGGCUUUUUAUUGUGUUUGUGCCACGAUCACGACUCUCGGGUAUGGGGAUAAGAGCUUCUCGACUCGAGCGGGGCGUUUGUUUGCCGUUUUUUGGAUCUUGGUGACUACAGUCUCUUUAGCACAACUGUUUGUGUAUUUGGUUGAACUAUGGACUGAAAACAGACGACAAGCGCUUGUACAUUGGGUGCUUAACCGGAAACUUACGGUCCAAGAUCUUGAAAAAGCCGAUCUCGAUGAUGACAAAGUCGUUAGUGCUGCAGAAUAUGUCUUGUAUAAGCUGAGAGAGAUGGGGAAGGUGAGCAAUGAAGAUAUUGCAGUUGUAGUUGAAGGAUUCAAGAAUCUUGAUGUUGAUCAUUCAGGCACAUUGACAGUGAACGAUUUGAAGAUCAUAGAGUCGUUUGAAUCACAGUGUUGACAUGUGUGUAUCAUACUUGACUUUGGAAAUGAUGGAACUGUGUGUGAUUGUUUUUUCAUUUUUUUUUUUUAAUAAAAAAGGCACA